AUGACUAUUCCUCGAAUGGAGCUCACUGCUACCACUGCUGCUGUGAGGCUCAACCAAAUGUUGGUGAGAGAACUGGACUAUAAAAUUGAUGAAACAUAUUUCUGGACAGACAGUAUGACUGUACUAAGGUAUGUGGCUAAUGAGAACUCGCGCUUCCAAACAUUUGUAGCAAAUCGCAUUGCUAUUAUCCGGGAAGCUUCUGAUGUUAAACAGUGGAGGUACAUCAACACAAAAAUUAAUCCAGCUGAUUGUGCCUCUCGUGGUCUUCCUAUGAAGAAGUUCCUGCAAAACAGUCUGUGGUUGAAUGGACCAAGCUUCUUAUCUGAACCAGAAUCUGAAUGGCCGACCCUUGUGUCGGGUCUGGAUAAUUUACCUGAUGAUUUAGAGGUGAAAGGAGUUUAUACUAACAUAAUGCAGCAAUCUACAAAUGCAAUGGAUAAACUACUGACACAUUACUCUGAAUGGAACAAAGUCAAAAGAGCUGUUGCCUGGUUGUUAAUUGGAGUUAAAAACUUACAAAAACACAUCACUGCACGAAGACAGUUGAAGAACGAAAUUAACCAGCAGGAACAUAACCCUCUGAAAUGUAACCAGAUAUUUGAAGAACAGUACACACGAAUUAAACAAAAGAGAUUGAUGGAAAGAAAGAAAGGUCUAACAACAGCCUAUCUCGGCUUAGAUGUUCUUCAAAGUGCUGAAAGGGCUUUGAUACUCUACGUGCAGCGACAGCAUUUCAAGGAAGAGAUCAAGAUCCUGGAAAUACAAAAGGAUGCUUCGCAUAUUUUGAAAAGAUAUUCUCCAUUAAGGAAGCUGGAUCCUUUCAUUAGUGAUGGUUUGAUCUGUGUUGGAGGACGACUUCAUAGAGCUAACUUACCUUUAUAUGCAAAACAUCCAAUUGUACUACCCAAGGACUCUGCUAUUACAGAACUCAUAUUACGGGAUGUGCACCAAUCAGUUGGUCACAUGGGAAAAAACUUCAUGCUUACUAGUCUAUGUCAGCAGUAUUGGUUGCUCGGUGCAUCAACUGCUAUAAAGCGUAUAAUUGUAAAGUGUGUUACUUGUCGAAGAUAUCAGGCCCCCGUUGCUGAGCAACAAAUGGCAGCCUUCCUGUAG